AUGUGCGAGCACUGCUUCUUUGUUGCCGCCGCACGCCUGUUGGGCACAAGCGCCCAAGACAUGUCCAGGCGCACUGGCAUUCCUGUGCCUGAGCCAAAGCGACUAGGCGAGCCUGGUGUUCAUGGGGUCUUGUAUCGUGACAUGAUUCAUGCAUUCGACAAGCUUGGCCUGCGUUUUCGCCUGUGGCAGCGGGGGAGCGCACAUCGAGGCGUUGUCGAGCCGCCGGCACUGCCGCCCAGCGCUUCACCUCGCGUUGUCGGAGUUGCAUAUCAGAGGCCCGUCGGAGGGCAUGCUGUUGUUGCCACAAAUCCCGGUACACCAUAUAGGCGAUACAUGGACUGCCAGGCACCCGUCCACCGGCGCGAUGUAACCGCAGCAGUCGGCGAUUCACGAGUCACUGCCAUGUUUUAUGUUGACAAGAAGGCCUCUACUGGUGAAAUGUUCAAUAAUCAGCCACAGGCCGUGGAACGCAUGGAAGUUGAAGAGGCCGACGCACACCUGCCGAACGUGGACGAGCCCGUGGAAGUAGUCCGUGACGACGAGUUGAAUAAACCGAGUCGGCGUGAAUUUGAUGGUCUCAACUGCCCUGCGCUUCUUGCCACCCUACCAGGCACGGCGAGGAACCUUGAAGCUAAGCGCUCGGCCGAGGACGGUAAUUUGCUGCGAACUCGUGCAGACGGCGAGUGUGAAAAAGCUCGUACUCUCGCAAAGCGGUUGAAGGAGAGAGAUGAGCCAACCACUCCUGUUGACGCAGAGGGCGCGCGUUCUCCCGAGGGCGAAGGCGAACCGACUCCUAAGCAGGUCCAAAAGGCCCAAAGCCGAGAAUGUCCCAAGGAUGCUCUGGUACAAGCCGCUCGAGCCUUGGACGCCGGCACUGCGUCUCGGCAGCGCAAGCAUCUCCUAGACAUCACAAAAGAGUUGGCUCGAGGCACGGCCUUUGAUCUGUCCAAGUUGGCCAAGGCGGUCAACGACGAGUUCAUCGCGCACGUUAAUGACGACAACUUGAUCAAGAACUAUCCCGAUCCAAGUCCCUGGGCGGCAUCUGCGAGUGCGGCCGUCUCCGUGCCAAUGUCGUCCUUACCCGAUGACCGUUAUUCCAUGGCUCGUGCGGAGAUGCGCGAGGUCGGCAAGCAUCUCGCGCGCUCCCCUCCACCGCUGCCAAGGGCUACAUGUCGCCUUCAUCCUCGGCAAGUUGUACGAAGAUGCAAAGACGAGCGGCAGGACGAGGUGUACCGCCGUAACCCUUGGCCUGUCGCCCCUACGGCACCGCUGGGCGACGAGAGGACCAGGGCUGGACGCCUGAGGAUUUUAUGGCGGUGA